AUGGAGAUUUUUACAUUUGAUAAUUGUGACCAUUCUAAGGAAUUCUAGCUUCUUGUUUAAUAUUAUUCCGUAUUUGACGAAGAUUUUGAAUAAUCAAAUAGGACAAAAUCAGUUGUUGAUUUAUUGGAUGCAGGUUUAGAAAUUUAAGAAAAGUUUCGCAAUAAAGCAAAAUAAGAGAAAUAGACUUAGAAAAAUUUUAAGACUCCUUUGGAUUUUCUUCGAGAUUCCUUAAAAAAUAAAAUUGAUAAUACUUUAUCAUUUUAGCAAUUAUUGAUCUUUUCGAAUCCGCAAGUAGUUAAGAAUUUUGGUAAGCCAAAAGUUGUGCAUCAUAACGGGGAGUUUCUGAUUGUAGGUGGAUCUUUAGGAAAUAUUCUAUAUUACUCUUAAUAAUAGAUGGAUAUUAUUAUUUAGUAAUAGAAAAUUGGAGCUGUAACUGCUUUAGACUCAUUGAAUGAAUUAAUAGCUGUAGGUUAUGAAAGUGGAUGGAUUAGCUUAGUAAGUAUGAAUAAAAAGAAGCAUUUAUACACUUGUUAGAACAUUACUAAAUCUAAAAUAAUAGUUUUGAAAUUCAUAUUUUAAUCUAAAAAUUUUUAUAAUGUCAUAACUUCAGAUGAUGUGGGAAUUAUAAGGAUAGUAAAUUUUCGAAAAGGGAUGUUGGGAUUCGACUACCAAAUACAACUAACUAUACCAAGAUAAUAGUUUCCAAUGCUGAACAUAAUCGUAUUGUAUAAAAGCGAAACAAAAGAGUUUAUGGGUGACUUAUAUGAAAAAUCAAGUAGAAUAAUUGGAUUAUGUUCUCUGAGCAAGUUUUAUCUUAUACUUACUUAUAAGGAUGAAGAAAAGAAGUUGAAAUCAUUAAUAGAAAUAGAAAAUCCACAUAUAUCAGGUCCAGAAAAGCCCUUUUAUUGUUAUCUUUCUUAUGGUUUUGGUGUUUUACCUCCUCCAAAUUAAGAGUCAGAAUAAAAAUGGAAGGAUAAACGGUUGAUAAUUUUACUUUGUUGGAAUUGUCAUAUGUUCAUAUUAGUUAGAAGUAAUGAUUAGGCAAGAUACAUGACACUCAAGCCGUUGAUUUUUAAAUAAUAAAUACAUGCUGCUUAUUUUGUAGAGUAAUCCAUAAUAGAAGUUAUCACUUCAAACCAAAAUAUAUACUUAUUUAAUACGCUUCAUUUGGAAUUGCAUAUUGUUCCAAAAGGAAUAGGAUAGAUACCAUAUUUCAGAUAAAAAAAGAAUUGGCCUGAUUCUCCAUUCACUUUCUCUUUAUCAGAGAAGGAAUUGAAAUAAUAUCCAUUGCAAAAUUAAAUAUAUGCUUUAAAUAAAUUAACAAGAUAAAUUCACAUUUUAGUUGAAGGAUCCAUAGUUACGGGGAGUAUAAACAAUUUAGAAUAAACUAUUGAUAUUUUUAUUUAGAAUAAAGAUUGGGCCAAGGGAAUGCUAUUGAUUCUAGCUUUAAUGGAUGGUAGCAUGAAAUCCACUCCAAUCAAAUUUAACAUUUAAGUUUUAAAGAAAAAAGUAUUGGAAAUAGCCACUCAUUAUAUAAAAGUAGUUUUGGAGGAAAUCAAAACUACAUUAGAUAAACACAAGACUUUGAUUUAUACUCCAAUUUCUUAACUUAGUCAUUAAAAGGAUGUGGAAAAAGUGAAGACACUGCUGUCAAUGCUUGUGGAUUUUCUUUUGAGAGUUUCAAGUGAUAUCUUAUUUAAUUAAAUAUAUUGUAUCAUAAAGAAAUUUUUAAAUGGAGAUGUCAGUAUAUUAUGCAAUGAAUUAAGUUUAUAUCUAAAGAAUGGAAAGGUCAAAAUGAUUGAUGCAAAUGAAUAAACCAUAAAUGAAAUCUUGCUUUAUUAUGUUAAAAAAGGAGAAUCAUAAUGUAUUGAUACUUUUAUCUCUAAAAUUGAAUAUUCAAAAAUUAAUACUGAAGAACUGAUUCAACUCUGUCUUCUAAAUAAACUUACUACAAGUUUGAGUUAUGUAUGCACAAGAUCUGGGGAUUUCUUGACUCCUUUGGCUAAACUAUGGGGAAUCAUUUAAUAAGACAUAAAAAAGAAGGAUCCAUAAUUGGUCAUAGAGUAAGGAAAAAGCAUCAUUUUAUAUUUGGAAUAUACAUUGCAUAUUGAGGAAUUAAUAAAAGAGAAAUCUGAUCAGAUAUCUCUAUGGUUGUUUGAAACUCAAACAUUGUUUUUAUUAAUGAGUAUAGAUUUUGCUGGUUGUGUCUAGUUGUGUUACAAAUUUUUUAUAGCACCAUAUGACUAAUUUUUAGAUAAGGAACGAUUAAAGAAAUAUUAUGUUAACAUGACGUAAGCUUUUUAAAAAUUGAAAACGAUAAAAGAUUAGACUGAUUUAAAAUUUCAAUUGACCUAAUUAUAAAUAAAGACACUACCUGAUGCAAUCGGAUGGGAAAAGAUGAUUAAUCAAGUUGGCAGAUCUAUUCAAGCAAACAUUUUGAGUAAAGGAUACACAGAAUAACUAUAAAAUAAAUAAUUAACUGAAUUAUUCUUAGAUUUAGUCAGUGAACAUCGACAUUUGCUAUUUUUACCACUAUAAUGUUUACCUCUACCUAAUAUAUUACAUAAUGAUGAACCAACUCUUAAAUAUUGUUUAAUUUAUGCAUACAAUCAAUUUAUAAUCAAUCUCUUCAAGAAAUAUCCAAUGGUUGAUAAAGAGGAUAUUUUAAAUUCGAUGGCAUCAGAUGGAUAGUUUGACUGGGUUAAAAUGUAUUUAAAUGAAGAACUUAAAAAUUACAGUAAAACUUUGGAUUUGAGAAUCAAAAUUAAGAAUCAAUUACAAUAUUUUAACCUCACAGUCAAAUUUGAAAUUUUCACUUGGAUUUCCAAAGUUUUAUAAAAAGAUCCUCCGAUUCCUCAACUAGAUUCUUUUCGAGAUAGAAUACUGCAUCAUAUAGGAUCUCUAGUGUCUUAUAGUGCUAUUCACACAAGGUCAUUGAUUUCAAAAUAUUUCUAGGCAAAUGAUAUUAGUAUUCUGAAUAAAAUGGGUGAAUUACCAAAGUUGCAAUUAGAAUAUCUAGAAUAAAUAAUGUAGGCUGAUAGAAAAUAGUAUUAAUCCAAUACAGAAUUUUUGAAGUUAUACAUAAAGUUGCUUUGCUAAAUAAAACCAGAGAAAGUUUUAAAGGAACUCCAAGAAUAGGAAUAUCCUUUAGAUGACAUAAUCAUAGUAUUAAAAUAAUAUCCUGUGCCUGAUGCUUUGGUAUAUUUACAUGAAAGAUCAGGAGCAAUAACAGAAGCAAUCUGUGUAAAACUAGACGAUUUUAUUUAGAAAAUACAACAGAAAGCGUUUUAAAGUAAAAGUGAAUUUUAUUGUUAUUUUUUGGAAAUUUGCAAUAUUUGCUUUAGGAAUAACAAAUAAGAUGAAUUGGAUGAAUCCUGGGAUAUGGUGACUUAAUGCAUCUUGGAACUGUCACAAAAUAGAUAUACUCCAUAACCAUACCCUUCUUAUUUGGAGGAAUAUAUUCCAUUAUUGUUAAAGAAGUGGGCAGCAUGCAGUCAUUUGGAUGCCUUUCUUGAUAAAAUUACUACUAAAUACAUGAGAUUAAGUUCGUCUAAACUUAAAAUGACUUUCUAAUCUAUGUAUACUCAUUUCAAUUUCUCUACUACUGUUUAUACCAAAUUGGUAGAUAUCAAUUUUAUUAAAUGCAUUAAAAAUAUGAGAAACUUAGUUCACUUAUCACUUUAAGGAAAGGGUUUCUUACCUGGUUGCUAUUAAUGUCAUCAUUAUUAUGAGUAUCAUUUACAAUUGGAAUCAAUCGUUCUUCUAGCUUGUGGUCACACCUACCAUUAUAAUUGUCUGAUUUUGGAUGAGAAGGCACAUUAUCAUUGUCCAGUUUGUUUGAAUAAUCCAAGGAUUGCCAUGGUUCAUUUCCUUUACCAAUUGAAAUCCAAAAAAUAUUUACUUAAGACUGAAAAUUAACAGAAAUAAUAGACUUAACAGAAUUAAAACCCUGUGGUUGUGAAUAUCAUUAAAUAAGGAUAAAAAAAGCAAUAGGAGAUUGAUGAGAGUCUAAAGUUUAUUCAACAUGAGAGUAAGGAAGAAAUUAGCAAAAUGAAAUAAUUCGAAAAAUUAAAAAAAUUUGAAUAAUAAAAAUUGGGUAGAAUGAACAGAGCUUGGUAAGGAGUUAUGACUUAUUGA